ACCACAGCCACAAAGUCAUAACCCCCGCCUAUUUCUACAAUUGAUAUAAUUAAAAAGUUAUUUUAAUCGUGAAUUUAACCAUACUGCUAACCUAAUGCCUAACCUUAAAUUAAGACCAAAAAGCGUUUUUUCCCCCAUUAAUUGUUACGAUAUAGUACAUUUUGACUUCGGAAACCGUACAGCAGCAUGUAGUUGCGUCUCCAGGACGACAAAAACAAUUACAAAACGAACCGAUAUGCCUGUUUGUAUCCAGCAAUCAACACCUGUCGCCGAUAUCCUUGAACCGGACUGUUUCAGAACUUUCAAAGAAGACCAUCGGUAGUUUUCGGGAGGGAGAUAUUUGUUUAGGAAUGUAUCGGUGGGAAACGACAGUGAUUGAUCAAUAACCAUUAGCCAUUAGCUCAGAAGUUCAAAGAAGCUAGUUAGCGCGCUGCUGCAAGCAGAACUGCCUGCCAAACAGCAACACAUGAAUCGUGAUUUUGUAUUUAGCUAACUGUUUAUAUUCAACAACUCCUUCAAACGAAAGGAAUGAAAAACAUUGCAUAAGAGUUAACUAUCUAAACAAAGAAUUAGGAUGAACGUCACGGAAGUGGAGGAUCAUAUUUCUAUGAAAUAUGAAAUAAAGAAAAGACUUGGAAAGGGGGCAUAUGGGAUUGUAUGGAAGGCUGUGGACAGACAGACAGGAGAAGUUGUGGCUGUAAAGAAAAUAUUUGAUGCCUUCAGGAAUAGGACUGAUGCCCAGAGGACAUUCAGAGAAAUAAUGUUUCUUCAGGAGUUUGGCGAUCAUGCCAACAUCGUCAAACUGCUGAAUGUCAUCAGAGCUCAAAAUGACAAAGAUAUUUACCUGGUCUUUGAAUACAUGGACACCGACCUGCAUGCGGUGAUAAAGAAAGGCAACCUGCUGAAAGACAUCCAUAAACGCUAUGUUAUGCAUCAACUCCUCAAGGCCACCAAAUACCUGCACUCAGGCAAUGUCAUCCACAGAGACCAGAAGCCCUCCAAUAUUCUACUUGACACGGAUUGCUUUGUGAAACUUUGUGACUUCGGUUUAGCGAGGUCUCUCUGCCAGAUCCAGGAGGAUGCUGGGAACCCGGCGCUGACAGAGUAUGUGGCGACGCGGUGGUACAGAGCUCCUGAGAUCCUGCUGGGCUCCUCAAGAUACACAAAGGGCGUAGACAUGUGGAGUAUAGGUUGUAUCCUAGGAGAGAUGCUACUUGGGAAGCCCCUUUUCCCUGGAACUUCCACCAUCAACCAGAUAGAGAAAAUCAUGAGUUCAAUUCCACACCCUAGCCCAGAGGACGUACUUUCGAUCAGAUCUGAGUAUGGUGCCUCUGUGAUUCAGAGGAUGCUACUGAAGCCCCAGGUGCCUCUAGAGGAUCUUCUGCAAUCGUCGGUGCCUUCAGAUGCCCUAGACCUGGUGCGUCGCCUGCUGGUGUUCAACCCAGACAAGAGGCUGACCGCUGAGCAGGCCCUGCAGCACCUCUACGUCUCCAGAUUCCACAACCCAGCCAAGGAGCCACGUCUGAACUCUGAUGUGAUCUUGCCUGUGGAUGAUGAUGUCCAGUUGUCGGUGGUUCAGUACCGUAAUAAACUGUAUGAGAUGAUUCUAGAGAAGAGGACCACAAGGAGAAUGCCACGUCAUGUAAUGCCGAGGAAGAAAGAGGAGCCUGUCUCUAUGUCUGGGUGUGACAGUGGAGACCAUGGGAGGGAAAGGCCCACUGGGAAGGACAAAGGAGGGCUGGAGCCAGUGUCUGGUAAUGGUGGAGGGGACCUUAGGGUUAAAUCCCCUCAUGAUAAGACAGAACACCAGGCUGCUCGUCCAGUUAUCACCGUACCUAUCCCAGUACCUGUGUCCAUCCAGCCGUCCCUGGAAAGGACCAGCCCUGCAGCUAGCCCCGUCAUGGGAAAGACUACAUAUAAUCCCAUCACACACAUUGCCAAUGGUUUUGUUCGAAAUCUGGCUGGACCACCUCACUAUUUUCGCUCCGGUACUGCCAGCAGGGAACUGGAGGGACAGACGAGUAAUGAAAAUGUAUCUGUACCGCCAGCAGAGGGCGCUAUUCGCAACAUUGUUUCUAUGGAGCAGAUUCUGCAGCGCGGUCGCUCAGCCCCUGUCAGCCGUACCCGUUCCUUCUCCCUGACCAUCUCCCACCCUCAGAACAACCCACUGGUCCGCAGAGACGAGCCCUCUGUGUCCUCAGGGAUGUGUGUCAUCUCUGCACGCCUGAACCAGCGGUCCCAGUCUCAGUCACGAGAGGCACGGCCCCCUCCUCCCAGGUUCAGUAAGAAGGUUUUCCAGUGUAACGCCAACAUGGCGGCUGCCGGGGAUCCCCGUGCCAAACUAGGCAGCUACUCUCAGGCUUACGGCACCAUCAACAAGACAGAACUGGACAACCUUAUGAGGAGUCGACACCACCAGUAACCACCACACUAUGUUGGAUGUAUGGGACACUGUCCAACAUCAGACGGGCCAAGAGAUAAGGUGACAGGGAACAGGGAGAUAUAGGCUAGUGGAAAGUUGGGGGAGGAAAAUAUUAUUCCAAGACAUAAAAGUUCAGCAGCACAGAUUGAAGUAACCGUGGAGAUGGAAAUCCAUGGAGUAAAGUGGCAAUGAUUUAACAGUCAAUUUAACCCCAUUUUCUUUAUGAAAUAAUGUCUUGUUGGGAAAUGGAGACUAUGGACCCUUAGUUUAAUGUAACUAAAUGUGCAAGUGUUUUACACCGAAAUGCUUUAUACUAAACUAGAGGGAACAAGACAUAGCAGUGUAAAUGUAUGUUAAUUGAGUCAGGCAAUACUUUUGUAAAACGGAACAUUUGUAAUGUUGUGUAUAAGUAAAUGACUAUUUUAGCCAUCAUUUCCUGGCAAGCAAAUUCAAUAUACUUUAAUGCAAAAUGGUGCUUCCAACACAGUAAAAUAAAUGUUGACAGUUGAUGUAUGUAAAGCAAACCUGUAGUUUCAUAUUAAAAAGAUGACCGCAAGCAAUUGUGACUACUUUCUUUUAAACC